CUCGCCGCUGGGCAUAAUGGAGCAGGAGCCGCCGGCGGUGCUAGCUCAAAGGAGCAGCAGCUGGCGGAUGCGUUCUGUGGCCUGGGAUUGACUGGUACGAAUGCCACAAGCGCAAAUAAUCAUGCCGAACGAUCACGGGCCGCACCCAUACGCACGCCCUCCACAUCCUCCAGCGAGGAAGAGGAGGAUGUCGAUGUGGAUAUUGACGAACAGCUGUGGACGCCCACCGACCUGACAUCGGUGGGCGACGUAUCGGAGCGCUACUCCGAUAUCGCGCAGCUGCUCGUUAGACAGCAGAAGAAGCAGCUGCCACGCCCUCAAACCAACUGGGCUUUGGGCGAUGGCUACGAUAUGGGUGCCUAUAAUCAGAUCAGUGGUGUCUGGCCAAUGGGCCAUCCGCUGCCGUUGCCCGAUUGGCAGCCCAGCGAUGAGUCCAGCAAGGACACACUAAUCUUUGAGAACGUUUGGCAGUAUGAAGAGUUUAAUAGCAUUGUGGAGACGGCACUGCAGCGCAUGCUGGAGGAGACACACUACAACACCGUGAACCUCUUUAUGGACUUUUAUCGCAGCUUUAAGCGUACGCGUCGUUCCGAUUUGCGUAGCUUCUUUCAGUUCUACGAUAUUCCUAUCAAUCGUCGCCAUCACAUGUGCGUCUCGCUAGCCUUUGAGAUAAUGGCGCGACUGGUGCAAAUGUUUCCUCAGCUGGGACAGUAUCUUUAUGUGGUGUCCUGCGAGGAGCAGGUGAUGGACUGCAAUGAAUAUGUGCAAGUCGAUGAGGAAUACGGCUUGAACUCGGCCGAUGCGGGCGUAGAGAAGGAGCAUGUAAUGGUUGCCAUGCGUUUUGCCAUUGGCGAUCGUCAGGGUGUCAUGAUACUCGAUCCAGGUUACCAUGUAGGUCGCGCAGUGACAGUCAUGUACGAUCAGAGCUAUCCCCAUACAGGCUGGUUCAAUCAAUCCAAGGAGGUUCAUCUGCAGAGAGACUACUGCUAUGUCAUAAGCCAGCACAGCAACAAGUUUGUGGAAUGGAAGGAGCGUGAGAUACGCGGUGAUGAGGCCACAUUCAAAACCUCGUUAAUUUACGUAGCCCAGGAAUAUCUAACAGCUGUGGAUGUAACUGUGCGCCGUAAUCUGGCGUACAAUUUCCGUUCGCUGUUGUCACGCGAUGCCAAGGGACGUGUCUAUGCUGGUCUCUACUUUCCACUGGUGUCCAAUGUGCAGGAGGCCCAUCUAACGCUCUUCUACGAUGGUCCCAAUGAGCAGCGUGUGAAAACCAAGCUCAUGUUUAGCGCCUUUAAGGGCAAGCUGCCGGAUUAUGUGUCUCAGCACUUGGUCAAGUUGGCACCACAGCUAAAUAUGUCACUGCAUGACUUAACGGAGCUUUGCAAGUCGCUCUGUGAGGUGGUUUCUGAUCAGAACUUCAUCACCCAGGUGCUGGCCAUCAACGAAGACAUUGGCGCCAUGUCCAUUGAGAAUUGACAGUUAAAGCAUCCUAAGAAUGCUGCUGCAACAUCAAUUAAGGAGUUAAAGAAACACAGCGACGAUGCAGCUGCAACUUAGAUUUCCACAUGCAAUAUUAAAAAAAAUACUUUUACCUUUCCAAACAAAAUUUAAUAUAUAUUAACAAUAUAUACCACACAUAUGUAAUAAUUUUAAAGCACCUAGUUGCACACAAUUUAGUAAUACACAAUACAAUAUUUGAAACUAUAUACACAAACACUUACACACACAUAACUACACUGAAUUAAACACUAGUAUGCUUUAUACAACAAAAUUAAACUUAAUCAAAAUCUUAAGCUUACAAAUUACAAUACAUAUGUACUUAGAUUUCGAUUUUAGC